CGGCUCCAGAACUCUUGGCCUUGGCAUUCCAUGAUGUAAAUUAUUCCACUGCAUGGCUCGAAAUGGGUGCGAAGCAGUGUUGCCAGGUGUCGGAUCACUAGUUUGUCAUGGAUGAUGAUGAUGACUCGUGUCUCCUUGAUCUUAUUGGAGACCCACAGGCAUUGAACUAUUUUCUACAUGGACCUAGUAAUAAAUCGAGCAAUGAGGACUUGACUAAUGCAGGAUAUUCUGCAGCCAAUUCAAAUUCAAUUUUCGCCAACUCUAGUAAUGCUGAUCCUAAGUCAUCCCUCAAAGCUGUAAGCAGCCAGCUUGGAGAAGGGCCCAGUGAUGGACUGCCACUUUCAAGUAGCCUUCAGUUUCUUGAAGAUGAACUUGAGUCUUCUCCUCUUCCUGAUCUCAGUGAGGACCAACCUUUCGACAUUCUUCAGAAAUCCUUGCAGGAGGCCAAUAUCACUGAACAGACAUUGGCAGAAGAGGCAUAUCUGGACGCCAGUAUAGGUUCAAGCCAACAGUUUGCACAAGCUCAGCUUCAUCCCUCUUCAUCAGCAUCCUUUACUCAGGCUUCUAAUAUUUCUAAUUACUCAGGUCAGACGCUGCAGCCUAUAGGGGUGACUCAUGUGCCUGUUGGCACAUCGUUUGCAAGCAAUACAGUGGGUGUGCACCAUGGCUUUAUGCACCAUGUGGGGAUCAGUGUGCCCAGCCAGCAUUUGUCUAAUAACAGUCAGAUUAGUGGUUCUGGUCAAAUACAGUUAAUUGGGUCAUUUGGUAGUCAACCUUCCAUGAUGACUAUUAAUAACCUAGAUGGAUCUCAAAUCAUAUUAAAGGGCAGUGGGCAACAAGCCCCAUCAGAUGUGAGUGGAGGGCUUCUGGUCCACAGACAGACUCCUAAUGGCAGCUCCUUGUUUGGGAGCUCCAGUUCCAGCCCAGCAGCACAGCCUGUUACCGUUCCAUUUAAUAGCACAAAUUUCCAAACAUCUUUACCUGUGCAUAACAUCAUCAUACAAAGGGGUCUUGCACCAAAUUCAAAUAAAGUCCCAAUUAAUAUCCAGCCAAAGCCUAUCCAAAUGGGUCAGCAAAACACAUACAAUGUGAACAAUUUGGGAAUACAGCAGCACCACGUUCAGCCAGGGAUCUCGUUCGCCUCUGCGAGCUCACCCCAGGGCUCAGUGGUUGGUCCGCACAUGUCGGUGAACAUUGUAAACCAACAGAACACAAGGAAGCCAGUCACCUCGCAGGCCGUGAGCAGCGCUGGGGGCAGUAUCGUUAUUCACUCUCCCAUGGGCCAGCCUCACACACCCCAGAGUCAGUUCCUCAUACCUACAAGCCUUUCCGUCAGUUCCAACUCGGUACACCACGUCCAGACCAUAAAUGGGCAACUUCUUCAGACUCAACCCUCUCAGCUCAUUUCUGGCCAAGUGACCUCAGAGCAUGUCAUGUUGAACAGAAACUCUUCCAGCAUGCUCAGGACCAACCAACCAUAUUCUGGACAGAUGCUGAACAACCAGAAUACUGCCGUCCAGUUAGUGUCUGGGCAGACGUUCACCGCCUCUGGAAGUCCAGUGAUAGUCAAUCAUGCCUCUCCUCAGAUCGUUGGUGGGCAGAUGCCCUUGCAGCAGGCAUCGCCAACCGUCUUGCACCUGUCCCCUGGGCAGAGCAGCGUCUCCCAAGGAAGACCUGGCUUCGCCGCCAUGCCCUCGGUGACAAGCAUGUCAGGACCUAGUCGGUUCCCUGUUGUCAGCUCAUCCAGCACUGCCCAUCCUAGUCUUGGGGCUGCGGUUCAGUCUGGUGCAUCAGGAUCAAACUUUACGGGAGAUCAGCUGACCCAGCCAAACAGGACUCCAGUACCGGUCAGUGUGUCUCAUCGUCUUCCAGUUCCUUCUUCCAAAUCUACUAGCACCUUCAAUAACACACCUGGAGCAGGAAGCCAGCAACAGUUCUUCUGUCAGGCUCAAAAAAAAAGUUUGAAUCAGACUUCCCCCAUUUCUGCUUCCAAGACUGCAGAUGGCCUGAGACAAGCGCCCAUCCCAGGCCUCUUGAGCACAGCACUGCCAGGACAGGAUUCUGGAAGCAAAGCUAUACCGGUGUCCUUAGGAACCACACAACCACAGCAGGAAAAAGUCGUUGGAUCAUCUCCUGGCCAGCCAGUUGUGCAGGUGGACAGUCAUUCGGGAGGACAAAAGAGGCCUGCUGCAAAACAGCUAACUAAAGGAGCUUUCAUUCUCCAGCAGUUACAGAGGGACCAAACCCACACGGUGACACCUGAUAAAAGUCAGUUCCGAUCACUCAGUGACGCAGUGCAAAGGCUGCUCUCCUACCAUGUGUGCCAGGGCUCCAUGCCCACGGAGGAAGACCUGAAGAAAGUUGACAAUGAAUUUGAAACAGUUGCCACUCAGCUCCUAAAAAGGACCCAAGCUAUGCUUAACAAGUACAGAUGCCUGCUCCUGGAAGAUGCCAUGCGGAUCAAUCCCUCCGCUGAGAUGGUGAUGAUCGACAGAAUGUUCAACCAAGAGGAAAGAGCUUCUCUGUCCCGGGACAAGCGUCUGGCACUUGUAGACCCCGAGGGCUUUCAGGCUGAUUUCUGUUGUUCCUUCAAACUCGAUAAAGCUGCUCAUGAGACGCAGUUUGGCAGGAGUGACCAGCACGGCAGUAAAACAGCCAGUUCCGUGCAUCUGACGGCCAAGGCCCAGAGCAGAGACAGAGCCAAAGCAGGCGCGGCAGAACCCACGAAUCAUGACCAGUUUCAUCUAGUGCCUAAUCACAUCGUGGUCUCCGCAGAAGGAAACAUUGCUAAAAAAACCGAAUGCCUCGGCAGAGCGCUGAAAUUUGACAAAAUGGGCUCAGUUCAGUACCGGAGUGCGUCUGAAGAGAAAACCAGCCGGAAGGACUCCGUGAAAGGCAGUGAGUGCUCUCCCGGCCCUGAAGGGCACCGGAAGAACUCGUCCAGACCAGAUCACGGUCCUGAGAGCAAACUCUCAAGCCUCCUAGUAGAUUCGCACCUGGAGAUGACGUGUAAUAGCUCCUUCCAGGACAAGACUCUGCGGAAUUCUCCAAAGAAUGAAGUUUUACACACAGACAUCAUGAAAGGGUCAGCCGAGCCCCAGCCUGAUCUCCAGCUCACUAAGAGUUUAGAAACAACGUUUAAGAACAUCUUGGAACUCAAAAAGGCGGGGCGGCAGCCCCAGAGUGACCCCACGGUUAGCGGCUCUGUUGAGUUAGAUUUCCCCAACUUUUCUCCAAUGGCUUCGCAGGAAAACUGCCUGGAAAAGUUCAUCCCGGACCACAGUGAAGGCAUUGUAGAAACUGACUCCAUUUUAGAAGCAGCUGUAAAUAGUAUCCUAGAGUGUUAAUAACCGCAGUCCUCCCCCACCUGCCCCUGAGACCCUGCCCCGGACAAGUUACAUUCUUUCCUGGCAAAAGCAAUGGAAAUAGUCUCCUGUCUCCAGCCUGCUUGAUCUUUCAUCACAGCUUAUUCUUUCUAAUCUCAAUCCCAUUCUUUGUUUAAGAGCAAUACUCGUCGUGGUUACAGGGAGAUCCUUCAGUAAAACUGAUCCUUGUUAGAAAGCAGUCUGAUGGGCCCUACACAUUUCAAGUGUUUUGAAAGUGCUUAUAGUCAUUUUUUUGUUUGUUUUUGUUUAUCUGUUUUAUUUUUUUUAAACACUGUAACUCAAUGAGAUCACAGUACACUAGGCCCUGGGUAAAAUUCUGACAAUCAUAAGUCAUUUGAAAAGAACAGACUUAUUAAAGAAAAUCAAACAGGACUGAUAGAAGAUACCUGUUAAAGAAAUCCCACUGCAUCUCCAAAUUUUGGCUUUGGGGGGGGUCUUGGGGUGUCAUGGGCGGGAGACCACAUGGCUCUCCCCUUGGCCGCCUCCGAGCAGUUAGUCCUAGCUGCUCUGCCAGGACCCACGGCCCUGGCGUGAGCACCUGUAGCGCACAAGCAGGGCUUCCUGUUCAUCGUUCAAGUGCUUUUCUGAUGCUCCCGGAGCAAAACCUCACCUCUUCAGCAUAUCCGCGGUGAGUUUCAUCUAGGGAAUACUUUGUUUUGAGUUGCAACAGCACGACUUGAGAUAAUCUCACCAGGCGAAAUAAAAGAAAAUGGAAACCAGUUAAGUGGCACAGUGUACAGGGGAGGCCAGGAUAGAGCCAUGAGGAUUAUAAUAUGUAUAUAUGUAAAAGCAUAUAUAUGUUAACUAUUGAGAAAAAACAAGGGUUUUGCGUUCUAUAAUUGGAUCUAGGCAGCAUACAAUGUAUGUUUUUGUUGGUUGCUGGGUUUUGUUGCAUUUAACCUCUCUUUGCACCCCUCCCACAACAAAUAGGCAAGCGUCAAAAGUAUUUUCAUUUGAAAACUAUGUUGUAAUUUUUCAGUUUAAACGUUAAGGGGACUUUGGCCUUGUUUCUGCUUCUUGUUGUCUGAGAACAGUAGUCACCCCUGGCAGCAAUCAUUACCAAAACACAGACAAACCAAAGGUAACCAGCCAGCCCACCACUGAGAGGAAAGAUCUGAGACCCGGGAUUCCCACUUGAGAGCCAAAGGACAUUCCCUGCCAUAGUUGGUGUUUGGCCCACGUUCAUGUUCGUGAACGUGAUUUAUUGCUUUAUUUAUUUAUAUUUCUUUUCAGGGAGCUUUCCCCAGUUUCCUUUCUUGUAUACCUGCCCCAGGUCAUCCCGUUUCUGUUGACACUUUCAUUCUCAAUGUCAUUGUAACCAUCAGUAUCUCCUAGCAUUGGGAAAGCUACAUAUGGUAUUUUGUAUGUACCCUCUUACAUACCUGUGUGCGUGCGUGUGUCUGGGCUGUUCAGAUCCAGAGGUCAUUUUGGCGACAGUGUGUACACGCUCACCCUCCCUGUUAUGUGCACGGGCUCUCAUUUAUUCUGUCCAUCUCUCUGGCUUUAGAGGCGCAACCCAUGCUGCGCCACUCUAACAUGUUGCCAAGAUCCGCUUCUGGCCAUCCCCAGAAUGGGGAUGACCCCCCUGUCGUCAUGUUGGGCAUUUCUCUUCCAGGUUGGCCUGCAAUGGAAAGGAAGGCUUCUGAUUACUAGAAAACACAGUAACAGAAGACCUAGACUCUCCCUGCUCCUUAGUUCCCCAAACAAAGAAACCCUGUGAGACAGCCAGUCUUUACAAAAGCAAAAUACCUUCUCCCCACUCCCACCCCUGAGCCAAUAGAAAUUGGAAAAUCUGGGCCAUUUUACGGUGACCAUGUUUUCCUUAUUUGUGCCAAUGUCCAAGUUGCAGAUUUCCCCUUCUUCCUGUAUUGUAACAUAUUAGAAAGAUAAGUUGGUAUUGCCAGUUGGAACUUUCUGUUUGGGUAGCCCUGGGGUAACACCCUGCCCUGAACCCCAUGAUUUCAUAGGCUCUUCUCUUAGGGCUCAUGCUCCCCUAAUUCCUAGCAAGACUUAAAGAUGGUCCCUCCUGAUCAAAUUCUUCUCAUUGUGGAAAUUUAUACCUAGAAGCCUUCACGGAGGCUACUAAUGAGUUACACUAAUUACUGAAUCAGUGGAAUGCUUAAGAGACAAGAUAAGCUCCAUGUACGUUUGUCACCUCUCUUUCUUCCCUACCCUGCCCUGCUACCCCAGUCCCAACUUUUCGAUAUACCAUCUUAAAGGGUUUUUUAAGCCUUGACACUUGUCUAGAAAACGGAGAGCCUAAUUUACCAAAAUGAAACUUGUAAAUUUUUGUGUCCUUGUAUGUAAGUUUACUUUUUAUGGAGGAAAGAUUCUAGAUAAUGACAAAUGACGAUUAUGAAAUGUAUUUUACUCCUGUGAUUAGGUCAUAACUCGCAUGUCGAGGCCCCUCUGGUGGAGGGUGAGAGCUCAGCCUCGGAUGGCCAACAUUCAGUUGUUCAGAUUCAUUAGUCAAAGUUAAGUUUUAGAGCUACUCAUACUCAGUAACAAAAAUCAUUUUCUUUUCUUUUUUUUUUUUUUUCUGUUGUGGAAAAGUGUGAAUUUGUUAUUAAGCAUUUGAUUUUCUGUGUCCUUAAGUACUGCCUAAAGAUAAAGCAAAUUUUAAACUGGCAAUUACGAAAAAGAACUAUUUUAGCGCUGAAGAAUUUAGCAGACUUUGUUAGAUUAGGGAGGCCUUACAGACUGACUUGACUUAAAGAGGACGCGUCACUCACUGUCAGUGUGGUGUGGGCUUUAUUUGCUUAAAUACCUUCAUUUGUAUAGUAUGUCUCACUUGAAAUUGCUUUGUAUACAUUUUGUAAAAAUAUUUAUAAAAUGUUUUGUAAAAAAAAAGUAUAACAAAUUGCAGUUUAUUUUGUUAUGUUGGAUAAAUACUGUUAAAAGAAACCAGUCAGUAACUAUAUUGUUAAUCCAUGGUUAGGAAAUGUUUAGUUGGAGAUUACAAAAUGAAACAACCAUUGCAAUACAGCCAAAGAUUUGGGAAAAUGUGCAACUGUGAUUGUCUUGAUUUUGCAAAGAGGAAUGGCUGCUUUUCCCAGAAGA